GACCUGGAUGCUAAAUUUAUUAUUUCAAUGGAAAAAAAUAAAACAACAAUCACAAAUAUAAAGAUACCAGAAGGAGGAACAGGAGACCUAGGAAGAGAACGGACAAAAACAUUUACCUACGACUUCUCCUAUUUCUCAGCAGAUAGUAAAAGUCCUAUUUAUGUGUCUCAAGAAGUGGUUUUCAAAAAUCUUGGCACAGAUGUCCUUGCAUCUGCUUUUGAAGGUUAUAAUGCUUGUAUUUUUGCGUAUGGACAGACUGGAUCUGGGAAGUCCUACACUAUGAUGGGAAAUGCUGGUGAUGCUGGUUUAAUACCUAGAAUUUGUGAAGGAUUAUUCAGCAGAAUAAAUGAAAAAACAAGAUGGAAUGAAGCAUCAUUUCGAACAGAAGUCAGUUAUCUGGAAAUAUAUAAUGAACGUGUGAGAGAUCUGCUUAGGCGGAAAUCAUCAAAAACAUAUAAUUUAAGAAUACGAGAGCAUCCGAAAGAAGGGCCUUACGUUGAGGAUUUGUCCAAACAUUUAGUACAAAAUUACAGCGAUGUAGAGGAACUUAUGGAAGCAGGAAACAUAAAUCGAACCACUGCUGCAACUGGAAUGAAUGACGUUAGCAGCAGGUCUCAUGCCAUUUUCACGGUCAACUUCACUCAGGCUAAAUUUGAUGCUGAAAUGCCUUGUGAGACUGUUAGCAAGAUCCAUUUGGUAGAUCUUGCCGGAAGUGAGAGAGCAGAUGCCACUGGUGCUACAGGGGUUAGAUUAAAGGAAGGAGGGAAUAUUAACAAAUCUCUAGUUACUCUGGGAAAUGUCAUUUCUGCCUUAGCUGAUUUAUCUCAGGAUGCAACAAAUCCUCUUGCAAAGAAGAAGCAAGUAUUUGUGCCUUACAGGGACUCUGUGUUGACUUGGCUGUUGAAAGAUAGCCUAGGAGGAAACUCUAAAACGAUAAUGAUUGCCACUAUUUCACCUGCUGAUGUCAAUUAUGGAGAAACCUUAAGUACGCUUCGCUAUGCAAAUAGAGCCAAAAACAUCAUCAACAAGCCUACUAUUAAUGAGGAUCCUAACGUCAAACUAAUUCGUGAGCUGAGAGCUGAAAUAGCCCGAUUAAAAACCUUGCUCGCUCAAGGGAAUCAGAUUGCACUCUUGGAUUCUCCAACAGCUUUAAGUAUGGAGGAGAAGCUUCAGCAGAAUGAAGCAAGAGUACAAGAGCUGACCAAAGAGUGGACAAACAAGUGGAAUGAAACCCAAAAUAUUCUAAAAGAACAAACCUUAGCCCUUAGGAAAGAAGGAAUUGGUGUCGUUUUAGAUUCGGAACUGCCUCACCUCAUUGGCAUUGAUGAUGAUCUUCUCAGUACCGGGAUCAUCUUGUAUCACUUGAAGGAGGGCCAAACAUAUGUUGGCAGAGAAGAUGCUGCGACAGAACAGGAUAUUGUUCUUCAUGGCCUUGAUUUGGAAAGUGAGCACUGCGUGUUUGAAAAUCUCAGCGGUACAGUGAAUUUAAUACCACUGAAUGGAGCACAGUGUUCUGUGAAUGGAAUUCAGAUUACAGAGGCCACACAACUAAACCAAGGUGCUGUUAUAUUACUUGGGAGAACCAAUAUGUUUCGCUUUAAUCAUCCCAAGGAAGCUGCCAAACUGAGGGAAAAAAGAAAGAGUGGACUACUGUCUUCCUUCAGUUUAUCUAUGACAGAUCUUUCAAAAUCUUGUGAGAACCUCUCAGCUGUCAUGCUUUAUAAUCCAGGACUAGAAUUUGAGAGACAACAACGAGAGGAACUGGAAAAAUUAGAAAGUAAAAGGAAACUGAUAGAAGAAAUGGAAGAAAAACAAAAAUCUGACAAGGCAGAACUAGAAAGAAUGCAGCAAGAGGUGGAGUCACAGCGCAAGGAAACAGAAAUAGUACAACUGGAAAUACGAAAACAGGAAGAGAGCCUGAAACAGCGAAGCGUUCACAUUGAAAGCAGGUUAAAAGACUUGCUGGCUGAAAAAGAGAAAUUUGAAGAAGAAAGACUACGAGAACAUCAGGAGAUAGAAUUUCAGAAAACGAAACAACAGGAAGAAAUUUUUGCUAGAGUUAAAGAAGAACUGCAACGCUUGCAAGAACUUAAUAAUAAUGAAAAAGUUGAGAAAAUGCAGAUUUUCAGAGAACUAGAAAAACUUAAAAAGGAAAAAGAUGAACAGUACAUCAAGCUGGAAUUAGAAAAAAAGAGGCUUGAAGAACAAGAAAGGGAGCAGGUGAUGCAAGUGGCUCACCUAGAAGGACAGCUUCGAGAGAAACAGGUCAUGAUACAGCUACUCAAAAGAGGGGAUGUGCAAAGGGUUGAAGAAGAGAAAAGAGAACUUGAAGAUAUUAGAGAAUCUCUCUUGAGGGUCAAGGAAGCUAGAUCUGAAGGUGACGAAGACAGUGAAGAAUUAGAAAAAGCACAGCAUAAUUUUAUGGAUUUUAAAAGAAAUCAAUUAGAACAAUUAACUAUUUUGGAGAAAGACUUAUUUCAACAAAGGGAUCAUCUAGAAAAGGAAGUAGCAGAUGAACAUGAAACUCUGGAACGUUUAAAAUAUGCACACAAAGAACGGUUAACCCUCCUCAAGAAAGACGAUGAAAAUGUUGUGGAUGCUGCACUGAUGGUUGAAGAAUUUGACAAGAUAAAGCUAGCAGAAUACAGGCUCCAGUAUAAAGAGCGCCAGCUUCAAUACCUAAUGCAUAAUCACUUGCCAGCUUUGUUGGAAGAAAAACAGAGAGCUUCUGAAGUCCUUGAUAGAGGUCUGCUAGGGUUAGACAAUACUCUUUAUCAAGUUGAGAAAGAAAUGGAAGAAAAAGAAGAACAGCUUGCGCAAUAUAGAGUCAGCACUAACCAACUGCAGCAGCUCCAAGAAACAUUUGAAUUUACAGCCAACAUAGCUCGUCAGGAGGAAAAAGUUCGGAAAAAAGAAAAAGAAAUUCUCGAAUCAAGGGAAAAACAGCAGAGAGAGGCACUGGAGCAAGCAGUAGCUAAAUUGGAAAGGAGACACUCUGCUCUGCAGCGUAGUUCCACAAUAGACGUUGAAAUUGAAGAGCAAAAACAAAAACUUGCAAUUCUGAAUAGCAGCUGCAGUGAACAGGCAGGUCUGCAGGCUAGUCUAGAAGCUGAACAAAAAGCCCUGGAACAGGAUAGAGAAAGACUGGACCAGGAAAUUCAACAGCUGAAGCAGAAGAUCUAUGAAGGUGAUGGUGUACAAAAAGGGUAUCAUGGAACAGUAGAGGAGAGACUCUCUCUCACCAAUUCCCCUACCAGCCCUACAAAGUCACAGUCCCAUUUUAUUCCACUGGUUGAUGACAGAAUAAAUGCAUUAAUUGAAGAAGAAGUGCAAAGGCGUCUUCAGAAUAUUCACCACACAUCUGAAAAUAACAGUAUGGGCCUGUCUCAGUCUACAGAACUUCUAAAGGCUAGUGAAAUGCUUCAUAAUGGUACUGUUCAGCGCAAGUUGAAGUAUGAGCGGAUGAUCUGUCGCUCUCUGGGAGCAAAUCCAGAUGACCUAAAGGACCCAAUUAAAAUUAGCAUUCCGCGCUAUGUCCUUUGUGGGCAGGGAAAAGAUGAGCACUAUGAGUUUGAGAUAAAGAUAACAGUCCUGGAUGAGACCUGGACAGUAUUCAGGCGGUAUAGUCGUUUUCGAGAAAUGCAUAAAACUUUAAAGUUAAAAUACCCAGAGCUUGCUACUUUAGAAUUCCCUCCAAAGAAGCUAUUUGGAAAUAAGGAUGAAAGAGUGAUCGCGGAACGGCGGAGUCACUUAGAGAAAUACCUCAGGAACUUUUUCUGCAUGAUGCUCAAGUCUCCAUCAUCUCCGUUACACAUUGAUAAAGUUGGACCAACCCUGUCAAAACACACCAUCUGUGAGUUCUCACCAUUCUUCAAGAAAGGAGUGUUUGACUACAGCAGCCAUGGGACCAGCUAA